GAGCGAGGGAGGAGAGUGAGAGAAAGAGGGGGAGAGAGACGGGGGGAGACGCGCUAUUUUUACCCCCAUUCAGUGCACCCUCGCCUGGCCACAUGCUCCUGAAACUGUCCCGAAGCUGUGGAGCCUUCUGGAGGUUUCUCUGAUCAAACUGCACACGUUUUUAAAGAGCAGAGCAGCAGACAUUUUAGGACAGUGUAAGAAGAGGAUCACUACUACUACUGCUACUACUUGUACUACUACUACUACUGCAAAUACUGCUGGUACUACUUCAAAGUACAGGCCCACAUGGCUCUGCACUGCUAUAACCGAGGCUGCGGGGAGAAGUUUGAUCCACACAAGAACAAAGAUGAUUCCUGUGUGUUUCAUCCCGGCGUUCCCAUUUUCCACGACGCUCUGAAGGGCUGGUCCUGCUGUAAGAAAAGAACCACAGACUUCUCCGAGUUUCUCUCCAUCAAAGGCUGCACUAGGGGGCGCCACAGUAACGAGAAGCCCCAGGAGCCUCUUCAGCCCGAGGUGAGCUCCGACAAAGGACAGAACAAACUGACCAACGGAGCCGAGAUCAUCUACCAGGGGCCCAAGAGCGCAGAGGCCCUCCAGAGAGAGAGGCCCAGUUUGGAUGAACCCAGGGUCAAACUGCCUCAUAAAACGUCUCCGUCUCUGGACCAAAUCCUACAGAAACUGGACCUAAGCAAGAAGCAGGAGCAGGAGAAAAAAGAAAGUGAAGGAGUGACGUCUGGGACUCGCUGUAAAAACGCAGGAUGUAAAACUAUGUACCAAAACGCGGACACGGAUAAGGAGACGUGCACGUACCAUCCGGGAGGACCAGUUUUUCACGAGGGGUACAAGUACUGGAGCUGCUGCUGUAUCAAAACUCUGGACUUUAACGCUUUUCUGGAUCAAAAAGGAUGUAGCACCGGGAAACACUGCUGGGUCCGGAAACAGGAUAAGAAGAAGGUGGCGUGUCGACACGACUGGCACCAGACCGGAAACACUGUGGUGGUCACAAUUUACGCCAAGAACGCCCACCCCAAGUUUAGCACGGUAGAAGCUAACGGCACUGUGCUCUUUUGUCAAAUCCAGUUUGAAAGUGACAAGAUUUUCAAGAGAGAGUUUCACCUGUGGGGGGUGGUGGAUGUGAAGCAGAGCGGCAUCAACUACGUCCCGUCCAAAGUGGAGAUCGUCCUGAGGAAGGCCGACCCGUUGUCCUGGGGAAAACUGGAGGAUCCCAACUACAAACCAGAACCAGAACCCGAAGACCUGGACCUGGAACAGGAGCAGGAGCAACCGGACUGGGACAUAGAGGACGAUGACAUCAGCGACUCCGAUGAAGAGUGGGGCAACGACAACAAAAAGGACAAGAAGAAGAAGUCAGAGGAGCCGCCGGCGAAGAAGAGCGACGAGGAUGACCUGAGGGAGAAGCUGGAGGAGAUGCAGAGGAUCCAGAUGGCCCAGGUCCAAGCCGACAUGAAGAAGGCGAUGGAGAAGAGGAAAAAAGAUGAAGAGGAGCGAGAGAAGCAGAAGGAGCUGGACGCACAGGAGGGCUACGACGACAUGCCCGACCUGGAGGACUAGAGUCACUCAGCUGUGUUCACAUCAGGCCUGACCGAUCUGGGACUGCAGCCUUUAAAAUUUGCUAAUUAUGUUCAAAUUGUAUCAUUUCAGUUACGAUUAAUCCUGCAGCCCUGUAGUUCACAUGAUAAAGUUAAUUUGUGGAUCAUACAUUUGGAUAUUUCUUCCAAAAAACUGUGAAUCUCAUUAGUGCUUUUCAGAUUCUAGGAUGUAAUGAUGUUAUACUCCCAGAUGGGGGCGCCAGAGACAGAUUUCCCCUAUUGAUCACAUUGUACUUUACCAUGAAAUAUCCAGAAGGUAAAUGCACAAAUGUUGAACCUGAUCAUUUCUAUUAGUGACUCAAGAACUCACUGUGUUACAACCAUAAACUGUAUAUUUAAAUGGACAUAGCUAACCUGCUAGCCGCCGUCGCCCCUCUCGCUGUAACUGCUGCGGUCAAAUUCGUCACUCGCUUGGUCUUAAAACGUUCGUAUUAACCCUCUCUACGUGAUCCUAGUGUUUUUAUUUCACUAUUGUGUCCGUAAAUCAAGAUAUUAACAUUAAUAACAGACAAAUCAGGCGCCGUCUUUCCCGGAAGUCGCACCCGCUAACGUUAGCAACAGAUUUGAUUUACAGUGUUGCUAAGUGUCUACUCUCUUCUAAACCAGCAGUGUAGGCGGGAAGGGGCGUUACCUUCAACAUCCUCGCUCCGGAUUGGCUCUUUGGUUGCCGUGAUACUCGUGGUCAUAAUUCCAAAAGCCCUAACCGCUAUAACUGCUAGCCUCGAUUAGCUUCAUUUGAAUGGAGCCGAACGUUGUGGGUGAUGUCCACUUCUUUACACAGUCUAUGAUUUCAACAAAAGUCCGCAGUUUAACAAUAUUAAUUUUAUCUGGCUCAUCUGUAUUAAAUAUCAUCUGAAACUCACCAACAGUUACAAAAAACCUGCUCCAUCUGAAAUUGAAAUUACGACAUCUUUAAUUUCUAGAUUUGUGAACACAGUUUGUGGUUUACAAGGCAAAGACAAGACUGAAUACCUCAGUGUAAAGUUUCAAUGAGUCAAAAUGAACUUGAAAUUAAAUAUGGAUGCUGUUUGGGUAGUUGUUUUUUUUUCCUUUUGAUUUCAAAGGUGCACUGUGUAACUUUUCUGCUUGUCUCCAUGGAUUAGUACGAUUUAUACUCCAGUACGACUUAUACUCUAGUACGACAUGUACUCCAGUACGACUUAUACUCCAGUACGACAUAUACUCCAGUACGACUUAUACUCCAGUGCGACUUAUACUCCAGUACAACUUAUACUCCAGUAGGACUUAUACUCUAGUACGACAUGUACUCCGGUGCGACUUAUACUCCAGUACGACAUAUACUCCAGUACGACUUAUACUCCAGUGCGACUUAUACUCCAGUACAACUUAUACUCCAGUAGGACUUAUACUCCAGUACGACUUAUACUCCGGUGCGACUUAUGCUCCAGUACAACUUAUACUCCAGUAGGACUUAUACUCCAGUACAAUUUAUACUCCAGUACGACUUAUACUCCGGUGCGACUUAUGCUCCAGUGCGACUUAUACUCCAGUACAACUUAUACUCCGGUGCGACUUGUACUCCAGUAUGACUUAUACUCUAGUACGACUUAUACUCCCGUACGAUUUAUACUCCAGUACGACGUGUACUCCGGUGCGACUUAUACUCUGGAAAAUACGGUACGUUAUUAUAAUAAUUUAAUGAUCAUAAAAACAUAAAACACAAAAACUGAAGUAAAAAGGUAAAGAUGGGAUAAGGAUAUGAAAAGUGUGUGUACGUGUGUGUUAUGACAGACAGAUAGACACAGACAGACAG